CAUUCUUACCAGCUGAAGCCAGCAGAUGUGCUUGGACCCCAGUGGAAUAUGCUGGUUUGUGUGUCAUUGGCCACUGGUAGGCAAUGAGGCUUGGCAUCAACCAGUGCCAUCCAGUGCCGAGAAGCCGGCUUCCAGACCCACGUAAGGUGUGCCACAUUAGGAACCGGCACCCCUUAGUAAGCAGCGCAUUGACGAGCUCGGGGUUGCUUUGACUGUGUAACCAGACCGGCGCUGAUUGAUAUAACAGCGGUCACAUCACAAGCUGUGCUUCAUGCAGCUUACCACAUCAUUCCACGUGACGUUCAGCAUCAGUGGCAAUACUCCCAUCACCCAUCAUAAGCUGUGCUUCAUGCAGCUUACCACCAUCAGUGGCGAUGUUCCCAUCACCCAUCAACACUCAAUAUUUGGUCUCUCAUAACGAUCCACAAUCCCGGUUUCAAGCACUCGUCAAAUGUGGCGCUACAAUGCAAGACCGCCACAGAAAUGGUCCCCAGACUAGGACUGAAUUCCUGGAAGGGCCCAGGCAGCUCCAGAGGGACAAGAUUGGUCCAGGAUUUCUCUCAGAAUACAGUUUCUCCAGUUUCACAUUCCGUUGUAUUAUAGGUCUUAUGUUCCUUUUAUUUCUUCUAUCUAACCAAAAUCGGACUCUAUUCAUCUACCUACAGUAUAAAUACACAUGUAACAGUCCAUAAAAUGCAGGUUGAUUUUACCCCACUUCUCACAGAGUCUUCAGGAGCCUUCACCUCCAAGAUU